AUUGCAGAGAAAAUUUACUUGCGUUCUUUCAAAUUUUUCAUUUUUGAAUUAAACUAAUUUUAAUAAAUUUUUUAUUUAUUUGUUUGAUUAAAAAAAAUUUACAUCUUAUUGGUUUUAUAUGUAUUUUUUUAAAUAAAAAUGGUAAAGGCAUGGUAUAUGGAUGAUUCUACGGAAGACCAAAGAUUGGAACACUACGCAAAUCCUGAUAAACCAGAAUUUAUAAAUCUUGAAGAACUAUAUAAAAAAACUGGUGUAGAACAUUUUAUUUUAGAUGCUAAAAAAUACAAGGAAGAUGGAAAAUUGGACAAAAUACGGAAGGAACGUGGGUACUCUUACGAAGAUGAAUUGACAUGCUCUAAAGAAUGCUUACCUGAUUAUGAAAAUAAACUGAAACAUUUUUUUACCGAACAUUUGCAUACUGAUGAGGAAAUCCGUUUUGUAUUAGAAGGCUCUGGUUAUUUUGAUGUCAGAGAUCAAGAUGAUAAAUGGAUUAGAAUUUUUGUUACCCCAGGCGACUUGAUUGUUAUUCCAGCAGGGAUUUAUCAUCGUUUUACUCUUGAUACAAAUAAUUUCAUUAAAGCAAAGAGAUAUUUUGUUGGAGAACCGGUUUGGUUGCCUUAUAACAGACCAGCAGAUAAUAUGAGUUGCAGGCAGGCUUAUUUAGAAAACAUGAAAAAAAUUCAAAACAACAUCUAAUGUAGUUUCGAUUGUGAUAAAAUACAUAUAUUAUGUACAUAUAAAGAGUUAAAUCUAAAAUAAUGGAUGUUUAAAAAUAUAUUAUAAUACUAACGAAAAAAAAAUGAAUAAUAACAAUUUUACUCAAAUCGGAGAAUAUAAAUUGGCUUGGUUUAUUUAUAUUAUGAAUGUAAAACUUCAG